UGUCGAGAGCCCUGCGGGCUAACGGGAGGCGCAGCCCCACCGGGCGAGGCAGAGAGAGACAGAGCCCGGUGCUGGGACACCUGGGGCCGAGGCCGGACCCCACCAGCCGCCAUGAAGCCCAGAAGCCUGAGCACAGAUGCCCUGCGGCUGGGUCUAGUCCUGCUGCUGCUGGCCACAGGCGCAGCACAGGACACCAGCACCACCCCCCCCACUGGCAGCACCGACAGGACCACCCCGCCCCCCACCAGCACGACCACCCCUCACUCCAGCAACCCGACCACCCCGCCCCCCACCAGCACGACCACCCCUCACUCCAGCAACCCGACCACCCCGCCCCCCACCAGCACGACCACCCCUCACUCCAGCAACCCGACCACCCAGCCCCCCACCAGCACGACCACCCUUCACUCCAGCAACCCGACCACCCCGCCCCCCACCAGCACGACCACCCCUCACUCCAGCAACCCGACCACCCAGCCCCCCACCAGCACAACCACCCCGCCCCCUGGGAACACGACCACCCCGCCCCCCACCAGCAUGACCACCCCGCCCCCUGGGAACACGACCACCCCGCCCCCCACCCGCACGAACACCCCUCACUCCAGCAACCCGACCACCCCGCCCCCAACCAGCAUGACCACCCCGCCCCCCACCCGCACGACCACCCCUCACUCCAGCAACCCGACCACCCCGCCCCCAACCAGCACGACCUCCCCGCCCCCCACCAGCACGACCACCCCGCCCCCCGCCAGCACGACCACCCCACCCCCCGCCAGCACGACCACCCCUCACUCCAGCAACCCGACCACCCCGACCCCCAGCACCUCCGUAACAACCCCAGCCCCGAUCAAUUUGUUUCUCACCUUCCGCAUUGUGAACAAGAUCUUCAACAGCUCUCUUCUCGACCCCAGCACCAGUUACUACCAGGAGUUGGAGAUCAGAAUCCGGGUCAUGUACGGCAAGAUCUAUGGCUGCCAAACGUGCCGGAAUGGGCAGAACUACCUGGGAUUGACUGAUCUGCGUUUCAGCCAGGGCUCGGUGGUGACAGAGUCCGUCCUGCGGUACCGAGUGAGCGACACCAUGAUCAGCGCCGACGACAUUGAGCAGCAGCUGAGACAAAGGCUGGACAAAAAUAACAGCUUUGAUGGGCUCCAGCUGGACAGUAUCCGCGCCAACUCUGGCAGCUCUCCCCUGGCCACCUCGGCGCCAGCACCCCUGGUGCCCGGCUGGGGCAUCGCCCUGCUGGUCCUGGUCUGCAUUGGGCUGGUGCUGAGCAUUCUCCUCUUCAUCCUGCUGAUCGUCUCCAGGUGCUGCAGGAGGAACCGCGGGAAGCUGGAUAUGUUCAGCUCGCAGGCCUCAUACCAGCCCAUGAGCAAGUAGCAUGAAGCGCGCCCCCUAUGAUGAGAUGGCCGCUGGCAACGGCACCAACGCCUUCUACGCCAACCCUGCCACGUCACAGAAUCUCUAGGGGGCCACCCCGAGGACCGGCGGGAGCAGAGCUCCCAGCAUGGCCGCGUGCUUCCUGCAGCUGGACUCCAGGGUGCCGGGCAGGGCGACAAGGCAGCCCCGGGCAGGGGUUUGCUGCACAGGGGGUUGGAUUCACAAUUGGGGAGGGGGUGACUGCCCCCCCGACCCUGCAACCCCUGGCCCUGCGAUUGGGCCACAUGGGGCGAGCACUAAUGGGGCAAAUUCCUCUCCUGCUCCACAAGGGAGGGCAAAGGGGCUGCCCCAUAUAUCCCCCCGCCAAGCCAACCAGCCUGGGCAGUGCAGGCAGUGGGGCAGGGACCCCCAGGGGUCACGUUGGCCUGCACCGCUGGCCUGGGGCUCUGUUUUUGUACCUGUGAUCUGUAACCAUGCCGUUCUGUGAUGGCUGCCCCGCUGUGACGCGGGAG